AUGUGGAUGGCCUCGGGGCGGGCGAGGGUCCCAGAAUUGGAGACAGCACAGUUGGAACCUUCAGGUCUCACGCUGCUCAAUAAACCUAUUGAGUUUAUUCUUCAAACUUAGCCUGGCCACUGCGGGGCGAGAGCGGGAAGUCCCAACCCCUAAAUGUUCGGACUGGGCAGAGGGAGGGGCCCUGGAGGACGACUCGACCCUUCCUGGAGGAUUCCCCAAGGAGGGGCGUUGGAAGUGCACCUGAACAUGAAAAGUGGACGUGGUUCCAGGCCUGGGUGCAGGAAGCAAUGGGAGAUGAGAGGAAGGGUUCUUUAGAACAGGAUGGAGGAAAGUCUCAUUGGUGUUAGCAGGUAGCCGGAUUCUCCUAUUCUCGGAUUGUAGGUCCAGGGAAAGACUUUGAGCAGGAAAGGGACGUGGGCUGAUGGGAGGCUCCAGAUAUCUUUGGAAAUCUGCAGAGCCAGGACCUCAAGACCAGAGGCUGCUGGGGGAUGGGGCUUGAAAAACAUCCCUGGACCGACCUCAAGAGCCUCAGGUCCGGAUGGUGGUCUUGACAGCAUAUGAAACAAAACAGGCAGCGCCCCAUUUCCAGAUGGGGAAACCGAGGCCUCAGGAAGAUGAAUACCUGAAAUCCAUAGCGAAGGCCAGAAGUGAACCCCAGCGUGUGCUCUCCACCACCCCACACCCCAGCUAGGUGGUGGUGGUAGGGAGUGCGGGAAUCCACACAGAGCAGGGGCUCCCAGGGUUGAGGCUGAGCCACCCCAGGCCCCUCCCUCAAGAUGCAGCUGGAGCCCCCCCGAGGCCCUUCCUUCCCAACCUGGCCCCAGCCUCUCUAUAAAUAGCCUGAGUUCCGAGGCACGGAGCUUGUGACCUUCUGGCAGGCACUGCCCUUCAUGUCCCCUCCCCGCAGGCGGUCCUGGGAGUGCAGCUGGUGGUGACCCUGCUCACCGCCACCCUCAUGCAUAGGCUAGCGCCGCACUGCUCCUUCGCACGCUGGUUGCUCUGCAACGGCAGUCUCUUCCGAUACAAGCACCCUACUGAGGAAGAGCUUCGGGCCCUGGAGGGAAAGCCGAAGCCCAGAGGCAGGAAGGAGCGGUGGGCCAAUGGUUAUAGUGAAGAAAAGCCCUUGUCUGUGCCCCGAGAUGCCCCUUUCCAGCUGGAGACCUGCCCCCUCACAGCGGUUGAUGCCCUCGUCCUGCGCUUCUUCCUGGAGUACCAGUGGUUCGUGGACUUUGCCGUGUACUCGGGUGGCGUGUAUGUCUUCACAGAGGCCUACUACUAUGUGCUGGGCCCGGUCAAGGAGACCAACAUCGCGGUGUUCUGGUGUCUGCUCGCUGUCGCCUUCUCCGUCAAGAUGUUCCUGGUGGUGACCCGGCUGUACUUCAGUGCAGAGGAGGGGGGCGAACGCUCUGUCUGCCUCACCUUUGCCUUCCUCUUCCUGCUCCUGGUCAUGCUGGUGCAGGUGGUCCAGGAGGAUACUCUCGAGCUGGGCCUGGAGCCAGGCCUGGCCAGUAUGACCCAGAACUUGGAGCCACUUCUGAAGACGCGGGGCUGGGACUGGGCGCUCCCUCUGGUCAAGCUGGCCAUCCGCAUAGGGCUGGCAUUUGUGGGAUCCAUGCUGGGUGCCUUCCUCACCUUUCCAGGCCUGCGGCUGGCUCAGACACACCUGGACGCACUGAGCAUGUCAGAAGACCGGCCCAUGCUGCAGUUCCUUCUGCAUACCAGCUUCCUGGCCCCACUGAUCAUCCUGUGGCUCUGGACCAAACCCAUUGCACGGGACUUCCUGCACCAGGCACCCCUGGGGGAGGUGCCCUUCUCCCUGCUGUCAGACUCAGCCUUCGACUCACUGCGCCUCUGGGUGCUGGUGGCCUUGUGCCUGCUAAGGCUGGCCAUGACCAGGCCCCACCUGCAGGCCUACCUAUGUCUGGCCAAGGCCCGUGUGGAGCAGCUGCGGCGGGAGGCCGGCCGCAUAGAGGCCCGUGAGAUCCAGAGGCGGGUGGUGCGAGUCUACUGCUACGUGACGGUGGUGAGCCUGCAGUACCUGACGCCACUCAUCCUCACCCUCAACUGCACGCUACUGCUCAAGACGCUGGGUGGCUACUCCUGGGGCCUGGGCCCGGUCCCCAUGCUGUCCCCCGCCCAGUCCUCAGCCCAGGAUCGCCUGGGGGGUCCCGGGGAGGAUGAGGCCCAGCAGACGGCGGCCCGGAUCGCUGGGGCGCUGGGCGGCCUGCUCACGCCCCUCUUCCUCCGCGCCGUCCUCACCUUCCUCAUCUGGUGGACCGCAGCCUGCCAGCUGCUCUCCAGCCUCUUCGGCCUCUACUUCCACCGGCACCUGGCGGGCUCCUAGCCUCCUGCAGACGCCCCUGGGGCCCCAAGUUCCCGGCCUGAGCCAGCGGCUUAAGGGCCGCCCCCUCUGUGUGUGCCUCAGUGUCCUCAGGUGCAAGGUGGGCCCGGGAGCCCUUGCACCACCUGCUGUGCCCGCCCGCUUCACCACAGUGCCUGAGCCCUGGCCCCCAGGAAUCCCAUGCUUCUGCCUCCAAACUGUGGCCCUGGGCCCCCCCGCCCCCCCCUCCCCGGGCUGAGGAUCCCAGGGCCACUGUUCUCAGAUUGCAUGCCCUCCCUCCCCGCAAUUUGAGACAGAGGUCACGGGUCAUUCUUCUGAACAAAUAAAAGAACAGGCUGAUUUCUACUAUCAGGAUUGGAGUGGUUUGGGAGGUGGCUUUCUGCAUUUGGUGCUGAGUGAAGGGAAUGACCCGGAAGAGCACAGGGCGAUCCAGACAGUAAGCAAAGGCCUGGGAGCAAGAAGUGAA